AUCCAGUCGACUCCGAUUCUCAGUUUUGUAUGCUUGGGUCUGGGCUCCACAGUUUCUGUUGGUACGUUCAAGAUGGAGUCAUUCGGAAGAAAAGUUGUAUCGUAUUGUCAGUAGAAUAAUUACUGACUAUUUUCACUGAUAAUCUGAGCGUGUUAUGGAAGGAUAUUCCGCGUUUGGAAGUACAAUGCCAAACUUCGAUGAUCUUGAUAUUGAGGGACGGAAUCCCUCCCGGUUGUCUGAAGCAGAUAGAGAAAAGGAGGAACUUGACCAUAAAAGGUUGAUGCGUAGCAGUGUUACCGCUGAGGAUGGAACUCGCAGACCUGUUUACUCGCAUACCGAUGACGGUGAUAUCUGGUGCCACAUUUGCAAUAUUGCAUUGUUUGGAGCACACAAGCUCAUUAGCCACAACUCUUGCAAUCGUCACAAGAUAAAAUUAGACGAAUGGCCAUAUCCUGUUUUACUGUGGUCCAAGAGAUCAGAUAUAGUGAAAAAGUCAGCACCUGCUCCAACCGAAGCUAUUGGUGAUGCAUUAGCGCCUGGGGAACCGGUACCACCGGGUAUGGAGGACCAAAUGACCAGAACCACUACAAUACAAGUGAGCCUGGAUAGACAUCGUAGUUCUCCUCUUGUGGGCUUGGAAUACCUUUUGGAAUUGAUUGACAAUGACUCGUGCGAGCCGAGUUAUACUUGUGUUCUCUGUGACAAAAGAGGCGAUCCUCGAACUGUAAUGGCUCAUAUUACCAGUUACAAUCAUCGCAUUACGUACUUGAAUCGGCACUUUCCCACAAUAUCUCGUGCAAUCACAGAACUACCGCGUACCCCUAAUUAUAAACGUGGAGCGAACGAAAUUUCUGUGCUAGUCGCAAAGAAGAUUGAAGAACGUUUUGGCAGGCUUCAGCCCCAGUUGGUGGAUAAAAAUCAGUUUGAGAAGAACAAGAUGCAGUACAUCAAAAGAGUCUACCAAGACUAUCACUUUAGGGAAACGCCUGAAUUAACAUUUAUGGAAGUUUACGAUGUGCGGUGGGUAACGAACUUCGAUGAAAAGAUGGCUGAAAUUGGUGGUGGGUCGAAGAAAGAAUCUUCACUUCCAGAAGAAAAGAUAGAAGACAAACACAAGAAAGAUGAAAAGAAAACUGAUAAAUCACCACCUAAAAAAGUAGAAUCAAAAACAGAUACCACCAAGUCAGGAUUCAAGAUUCGUAUUGUCGCGAAGGACAAAAUGAGCUUGCGAAACGUUGAGAAAAAUGAGGACGAUUCCAAGAAAACUCCUGCAGUCAGACCAUCGGACGAUACAAAAUCCCUCUCCUCCGUAUCUAGCAUAUCUAGUAGUCCAUCGCCUUCGCGUUCUCGAUCUCGCACUCCGCCCAGAGGUAGGAAACUUAGUUCACUGGACAAGAGUAGUCGUUAUCGGUACAGAAAACAUUCCAGGGAACGAUCGCGUUCUCAUUCACUAGAACCCACUAAAGAAAGGGACAAGUGGGAUAAGUAUAGGGAUCAAAUUAGACGUGCCGAAGAGGCAUUGGACAGAGCCCUCAAAUUUCAUGAGAAAAAUCCAGAGAAACAUCCUGCAUAUCCAGACGAAUGGAAAAAGUUUUGGAAUAGAAGGUACAAAGAACUACAAGCAGAAGGAAAAGAUCCAAGUAAGCAUGAUUUCAAGCCUGAGUGGAUCGAAUUCUGGAAUAAAAGGAUGCGCGAAAUGCAUAAUGAGCAGCUAAAACAGAGAAAGGAAGAAAUUAGGAAAAGACUAGAAUUGCCCGAAGAUAAGCCUCCAGAAAAAUGGACUUCAUCUACGAAACGAGAGCGUUCACCAGCACCAAAACGACGGCAUCGCGUUGAUAGCGACGAUGAUGUAGAAUAUGUUGGUACGAGAACACUGAAAACUGAAUAUCAUGAACGCCAUGAUUCACGGGAUAGAGAAUAUGCGUACGCGUAUCCUCGGGGAAGAGGAUCUUAUAGAGGCUAUUACCCCAGAGUAGCUACAAGACCUCGAUACUACGCUACACCGUACCCUGUUAAAGAUAAAUCGCCAAGUCCAAUAGCUAAGGAAGAUCCACUCAGUGAAGAUCUCGAAAUUGUCGGACUUCUACGUUUAUUGACAGCUUUAGAAGGACAACUGGGCUCGCUUGGUCCUAAGGUAGUUUCCUUGUUAUCCAAAGCUUUGGCGGCCGAAAAGGCGCGGCCAAAUUCUGCCGAAGAACUCUUGUUUGACGAAGAUGUGAACGUAUUAUUUGAAACAGUGAAGGAAAAAUUAAAAGGUCAACUGUUUGCUGGAAUGAUUGAAAAAAUGGCUAUUUCUGCAACUAAAUCAGCAAUACAAAAUAUUGCCCAGUUGUUGCACAAGGCUGCUGAAACUAAGCGAAAGCGCGAUGAAGAUGCAAAGAAGAGAAAAAUGCUGGAACUAUUAGAACCUAAACCACCCACUUAUGUCAGUAGAACUAUUUUACCGCGACCUGUUGAAGUAACGCCAGUUAAAUCAGAGCCAGUUAGUGUGCCUGGCGUUGGUUCGGUUGAUAAAGUUGCCAUUGCACAGCAAAUUGCUGCUGCUUUAAUAGCUCAGGGAAGAACGAACGUGUCUCACGAUGAACUAGAAACUUUAAUAAAUGCAGUCGUUGGAAUGGCCGAAGCAUCAAAACAGUGCAAUAAGCCAGUUACAGCAGCUGAUUUUGUCAAAAGCUUGGCACAACAAAGUGAUCCGCCAAAACCAGCUGGUCCGGAAGCUCAAGCUGCUAGAAUGGAAUCUUUAUCUGAUUCUGAUCUCAAGACACUACUUCAGAAUUUCAAGGACUUGAGCACAGACGAACAACAUGGACUUAUAAAUUUCCUUAAAAAACUUGAAGCAACCGAUCCUGCUCGAGUUGAAAAAUUGAGAGGAUUUGUAAAUCUGGGUACUCCUGCAGCUCCAUCGCCAGUAAGAAAGCCUGUGAAGUCACCUACUCCAGAACCAGAGCAGCCAAUAACAAGACCUGGUAAAAGUAGCUCUCCAUUUUCUACACGAAAAGGAAUUCAAAAUCCAACUGAUGACGAGGACAAUUGGAAGCCUAAAUUAGACAUGUUUGCUGAAGAUGAUGAAGAAAUGGAAAAGAAAAAGAUAGCAGAAAAGGCUAAGGAAAAGUUAGAUCUGUCCGAUGACGAUGACGACUACACCUUUGAAGAUAUUUAUAAAGCAGCUGACAAAAAUGUUAAUGAGAAUGAAAAGGCUAAGAAAAAAUCACGUUCCUAUUCAAGGUCACGCUCAAAUUCACCUGGUUCAUGGUCUAGAUCGCGUUCGCGAUCGCCACGAACGAAACCUGCAGAGGUUCCAAAAAGCAAUGAUCCCAAUACUAUUCUCAAUGAGACAAAGAGACUUAUUGCCAAUAUUAUGGGUGAACUCCCAAAUAAAUAUGUGCCAAAGUCUCACUUGCAAUCUCCUAGUUCCGCAAAAGAAGAUCGCGAAGCAUUGUCAAGAGAUCCAAAGUCGACCAUGGAAUUAGGGCCUCCUGGCACCAGUUCUAUGUCUCUUUCAAAUCCUUAUGAACAAAAUUAUAAUCCUAAUCAAUCUAAUCAACGUUCUCUGCAGGAACCUCAAGCCCAACAACCGUAUUCUAAUAUGCAAAACCAAUUCCAGGCUUAUCCUCCACAACAGACCUACAAUAACAAUCCUGGUUAUAAUAUAAACAAUGGGUACAACUAUAAUCCAGGAUAUGGAAAUAUAGGAAAUCAAAAUGCUUAUGGUACACCCCAGAUUGCACAAAAUCAAUACCCUCAAAUUCCUCAACAGGGAUAUCCUGCUUAUGGUGGACCACCGCCAUUGUCUGGGUAUCCUCAGCAACAGCAGCAGCAACAACAAUAUGGGAAUUACCCGCCGCAGCAACGUUUUUAUUAGCAAAGACGGACAGUCAAAUCAUGAUAAUUUAGCUUACCCUAAUUACUUCCAAACAAUCCCUUUGGUGCCGAAUCACACCAAGCUGUGUUUUUCUGACUCAAAACUAUUUUUUCUGAGUUACAGUGUCCAUAUUCCACACUAAGAGCUAAAAUAUGUUCUGAUCACGUGGUGUAAUAGAGAUAUGACAAGAAAUACAAAUAACGCAUCCAUCGAUACCAUGAGCAUAGAUACAAGAAGGUAAUGAAGAAUUCUACAUUAUGAAAAGCUCAAUUGUUGGCAUACUAAAAGAAAUUUGACAGAUUUCGACACUUUUCUAUCAUUUUAUACACAUCAGAUAUUUCUCAUUGAAUUUCGUAUAUAUGCAUGUAAUUAUUGCCAUGAGUUAUUAUCAUGUUUGAUUUUAAUCUCGAUCUAGGUUAAUGACGUUUAAUUAAUGCUGCAAGUUAUAAAAAUUGUCUACACGUAGACAGUACCUAAUGAACAUAAUAAUAUUUGGUAUUGGUAUCGGUAUUGUCUUACACCUGUA